AUGAACAAUCUGACUUUCAUACAACUAGAAACAAAGUUCUAUGGAUUGGUUCCUAUUUUUAGUCAAGAUUGGCUCCGGAAAAUCACAACAAAAUUUCAGCAAAACCUCGAACUCUAUCUGAAAAGCUCGUGGAAUAAGAUUGUGGACUUUCUGAAGUUUGAUAUUUGUGAAUCAGAGACUAGUGUUGCGGUUGGGUUACUGAAAGACAGGAUAAAUUCGUUCAACGAACACUUUGAUGAGAUAUGCAAUGUUCAAUCCACAUGGUUUGUGUAUGAUGAAGAUUUAAGAAAACAUAUUGUAAAAUCCAUAGAAGACAUGUUGUUGCCAGCAUAUGGAAACUUCAUUGGAAGGUUGCAGAAUUUUCUUGGCAAACACAGUUAUAAUUAUGUUAAGUAUGGAAUGUUUGACGUCCAAGAUCGAAUCCGCAAUCUGUUUGUUGUGAUGAAGAGUAAAAAUCUGUUUCUGAAACAAAAGUGA